CGCGAGACUGGCUCUAGCUCGGCGUCGUCGGGAUGGUGUGCUCCAUGAUCGGUAUCACAGUCCUGCGAGGGCACGCCGAGCACCACCUUGCCGCGAAAGACAACUACGCCAUCAUCGUAUUCAUGGACCUCUUCUACGUGUCUUUCAACGUGUCCUAGGGUAUCGUACGAAGGGGAAUGCGCUGUCGAUGCUGAGUCUCUGGCUAGCAUGUUAUAUCGUCGUGCAAGCGAGUUCAUCGAUUGCGAGUGCUAUCGUCUGGGACUGUACAUCAUUUACUCCGGCAUCUGCGUAGCUGCAUUCCUGUUCGUGCGGUACGCUAUGGUCGAGACGAAGGGCAGGACUCUGGAAGAGAUGUCAAGACUGUUUGGGAUUGAGAGCAGCCUUGCGGAGAGAAGCGGCAAUGAAGUAAAGGAAGCAUCGAAGGCAGCCGGUGCGGAGCAGCGGGAGGUCUCUGCCGGGUUUAAGGUCCCCUGGAACAGACCACUGGAACUUUCGAUUCAAGCUAGCGUGAAGGGCUUUGAAAUUUGCUAAAUGUACCGCCACCCUUGCAGCAGGCGCCAGUGAAAGGGCGCAGGGAAGGCGUAACGGUCCAUGCCGUCGAGACGCAGGUACGUGCG